AUGAAGCCCAAACAGAACCCCACCGCCGAGCCGGUCUCCUCCUCCUCGGCCGCCACCGCCGCGAUGGUCCCGGAGCUCCGGCAGGCCGCGACUGGCGUCCAGUCCGGCGAUGACCCCCUGCCCCUACCGGGCGGCCCGGCCCGCGACCCCCCCGGCGGAGGCGGAGGCGGAGGCGCGGAGUCCGUCCUCGUGGAGCGGCGCGGCGAGCACUCCGCCGUGUGCCGGUGGAUGGUAUCCCAUUUCCCCCGCUCCAAGGCCCGCGCCCUUUGGUCCCGCUACUUCGAGGUCGGCGGCUACGAUUGCCGCCUCCUCAUCUACCCUAAGGGUGACUCCCAGGCCCUCCCCGGCUACCUCUCGAUCUACCUCCAGAUCGUCGACCCCCGGGGAUCCUCCUCCUCCAAGUGGGACUGCUUCGCCAGCUAUCGUCUCGCCGUCGUCCACCCCUCUGACGAUUCCAAGUCCAUCGCCCGCGACUCCUGGCACCGCUUCUCCUCCAAGAAGAAAUCCCACGGGUGGUGCGACUUCACCCCCGCCGCCACCAUCCUCGACCCCAAGGCCGGCUUCUUCCAUCCCCCCAGCGACGGCGUCCUUAUCACCGCCGACAUCCUCAUCCUUCACGAGUCCGUCGCCUUCUCCCGCGACCAUGAGCUCCAGGCUCCCCCCGCCGCUGCCGCCGACGUCCUCAGUGGCAAGUUCACCUGGAAGGUCCAUAACUUCAGCCUCUUCCGCGAGAUGAUCAAGACCCAGAAGAUCAUGAGCCCCGUCUUCCCCGCUGGCGACUGCAACCUCAGGAUCAGCGUCUACCAGAGCUCCGUUGCCAGUGUCGAGUACCUCUCCAUGUGCCUCGAGAGCAAGGAUACAGAGAAGAUCCAGCUCGUCCCUGAGCGGAGCUGCUGGUGCCUCUUCCGCAUGUCGGUCCUCAGCCAGCGCCCUGGCAUGAACCACAUGCACCGCGACUCCUAUGGUCGCUUUGCCCCUGAUAACAAAGGGGGAGACAACACCAGCCUCGGCUGGAAUGACUACAUGCGCAUGGCGGACUUUGGGGGGCCGGACUCUGGCUUCCUCGUCGAUGACACUGCUGUAUUCAGCACGUCGUUCCAUGUGAUCAAGGAGUCCAACAGCUUCACGAAGAAUCCCGGGGCGCUGCUCGGGGGGAGGGCCGCCACAAGGAAGUCGGACGGGCACUUUGGCAAGUUCACCUGGAGGAUUGAGAACUUCACCAGGCUCAAGGACCUCCUCAAGAAGAGGAAGAUUACAGGGCUUUGUGUCAAGAGUCGCAGGUUCCAGAUUGGCAACCGGGACUGUCGCCUCAUUGUUUAUCCCAGGGGGCAGUCUCAACCACCAUGCCACCUAUCAGUGUUUUUGGAAGUCACAGAUUCCCGUAACACAACCAGCGACUGGAGCUGUUUCGUGAGUCAUCGGCUGUCAGUUGUAAAUCAGAAAUUGGAAGAGAAGUCUGUCACCAAGGAGUCACAAAAUCGUUACUCCAAGGCUGCAAAGGACUGGGGCUGGCGUGAAUUUGUAACACUGACGAGCCUCUUUGAUCAGGAUGCUGGGUUUCUUGUCCAAGACACUGUUGUAUUCUCUGCAGAAGUUCUCAUCUUGAAGGAGACCUCUAUAAUGCAAGAUUUUAGUGAUUCAAUAGACUCUGAAUCAGUUGGCAUGGGUUCUGGUUCUCAGAUUGAUGCUAUUUGGAGGAGAGGGUCUUUCACAUGGAGGGUGGAAAAUUUCCUAUCCUUCAAGGAGAUUAUGGAGACACGGAAAAUCUUUAGCAAAUUCUUUCAAGCUGGCAGUUGUGAGAUGCGAAUAGGUGUCUAUGAGUCAUUUGACACCAUAUGUAUAUACUUGGAGAGUGACCAGUCAUCCGGGAGUGAUCCUGACAAGAAUUUUUGGGUCCGGUACAGGAUGGCUGUGGUAAACCAAAAGAAUCCAGAGAAAACUGUGUGGAAGGAGUCUUCUAUCUGUACAAAAACGUGGAACAAUUCAGUUCUCCAAUUUAUGAAGGUCCCAGAUAUACUGGAAUCAGAUGCAGGAUUUCUUGUUCGUGACACAGUGGUAUUUGUUUGCGAGAUCUUAGAUUGCUGCCCGUGGUUUGAGUUUUCUGAUCUAGAGGUUUUGGCUUCAGAAGAUGAUCAGGAUGCAUUGUCAACAGACCCAGAUGAACUUAUUGAGUCUGAAGACAGUGAAGUCAUUAGUGGAGAUGAGGAAGAGAUGUUCCGGAACCUUCUUUCCCGAGCAGGUUUUCAUCUGACAUAUGGAGACAACCCAUCUCAGCCCCAGGUUACUUUAAGAGAGAAGCUUCUAAUGGAUGCUGGUGCAAUUGCUGGAUUUCUGACUGGUCUGCGGGUUUAUCUUGAUAAGCCUGCUAAAAUUAAGCGCUUGCUUCUUCCCACCAAACUAUCUGGGAGCAGCGGACGCAAGAAAGAUGCCACAAGUGGUGAUGCCAAUUCUCCGAGUCUAAUGAAUUUGUUGAUGGGGGUUAAAGUCUUGCAACAAGCUAUUGUUGAUUUACUUCUAGAUAUAAUGGUUGAGUGCUGCCAACCUUCAGAAGGAAGAACAGGAAAUGAUUCUUCUGAAACAAGCUUGAAACCUUCUCCUGCUUCUGAUGGAGCUAGCAGUCCACCAGAAUCCACCGGUGACAGUGAAGUUACUGAGCGUGCGCAAUGUUAUGCAUACCAGAGUUUGGAAUCUGAAGUGGCUGAAAUUACCAAGGCAAUUGCAAAACAGAGCUCAGACCUGAUUGCAAAUGGGAUACUAGACAAGACCAUCCUGAAACAGUCCAUUUUUCCUCCAGAGACAUCUGCUGGGGUUCUCCAAGCAAAUGAUGGUUUUAUUCGCACUCACAAGCUAAAAUGGCCAGAACAAUCUGAGGAACUUUUAGGAUUAAUUGUCAAUUCACUGAGGGCCCUUGAUAGUGCUGUGCCUCAAGGGUGCCCUGAACCAAGAAGAAGGCCUCAGUCGGUCCAGAAGAUUGCUCUUGUGGUAGAUAAAGCUCCAAAACAUCUCCAGCCAGAUCUAAUUGCCCUUGUACCCAAACUGGUUGACCAUUCGGAACAUUCACUUGCAGCUUGUGCACUGCUGGACCACCUUCAGAAGCCUGAUGCCGAGCCAUCAUUGCGCUUGCCGGUUUUUGAUGCUCUUGGUCAGUUGGAGUUUGGAAGUGAGGUGUGGGAACGUGUACUAUUUCAAGCAUUUGAACUGUUGACAGAUUCCAAUGAUGAACCCCUUGUAGCAGCCAUGAGUUUUGUUUUCAAAGCUGCAUCUCAGUGUCAUCAUCUUCCUCAAGCAGUCAGGGCUGUCCGUUCAAAGCUGAAAAGUCUGGGUGCUGAAGUUCCACACUGUGUGUUGGAUGUUUUAGCAAAAACAGUGCAUACUUGGGCUGAUGUGUCUGAAGCCAUUUUGAGAGAUAUUGACUCUGAUUGUGAGCUUGAUAGGUAUUGCAUGACAACAACUUGUGGUAAUUUUUCUUGUGGUGUAAAUGAGCUCUGGGCUGAAGGGAUGCAUAUGGGCCAAGAGCAGGUUGGGCAUGGAUGCCAACAUCUGUCUGAUGUUUACAUCCUGAUAGAAAUGUUGUCCGUACCCAGUCUAUUUGUUGAAGUUUCCCAGGUCUUUGAGAGAGCUGUUCUGCGAGGAGUUAUUGGGCUGCAGUCAGUUGCCAUGGUCUUGGAAAGACGCCAUUCCCGAUGGCUAAGUGUUAAAUCUAGGCCUCUUGUAGAUGAUCAACAGAAUAAACAAGUCCUGGUAGAUGGAAAAUUUGAGCCAUUGCCUGUCCAAGAAGAUGACUUCACAUCAGUUCUUUCACUUGGUGAAGUGUUGUCUCUCUCUAGUGACACCGGUGUCCAGGACUUUGUGAGGAUGCUAUAUGCUAUCAUGUUCAAAAUUUAUGUAGAGGAGCAUUACCGAUUUAGGAUGUUGAAGGGGCUUGUUGAACAUGCAACAAAUACUUCAGAUAAUUGCCGAGUAGCUGAUUUAGCUAUGGAUGUUUUGGCUUUUCUUGUUAGGGAGGAAGAUGGGAUUGCUAGACCAGUUCUGAACAUGAUGCGGGAGGUUGCUGAAGUUGCUCAAGUUGGUCGUGCAAAUCUUUGGCACCAAAUUUGUGCUAUUGAAGAUGAAAAUAUCCGAUUUCGAGAAGAAAGGCAAGAGGAACUUUCUGAUUUUGCAUGUGAAAAAGCUGUUCUGUCCCAAAGGCUAAAUGAAUCUGAGGCAACUGUCAACUGUCUUAAGUCUGAGUUGAGAGCUGAAACGGACCGUUUUGCUCGUGAAAAGAAGGAAUUUACCGAGCAGAUACUUGAGGUUGAGAAUCAGUUGGAAUGGGUUCGGUCGGAAAAAGAAGAGGAAAUUGCAAAGCUCUCUGCUGAUCGGAAAGUUCUUCAGGAUCACCUUCAUGAAGUGGAGACACAACUUGCGCAGUUGAAAUCUCGGAAACGUGAUGAAUUAAAGAGAGUAAUGAAGGAAAAGAAUGCUUUGGCUGAAAGGCUGAAAAAUGCAGAAGCUGCACGAAAAAGAUUUGAUGAAGAAUUAAAACGGUAUGCCACGGAGACAGUGACCAGAGAAGAAGUCAGGCAAUCACUUGAAGAUGAAGUUCAACGACUGACACAAACAGUGGGACAAACUGAAGGAGAAAAACGGGAGAAGGAAGAACAGGUGGCUCGCUGUGAAGCAUACAUUGAUGGAAUGGAAGCAAAGUUGCAAGCAUGCCAGCAAUAUAUUCAUACCCUCGAAGCUUCACUCCAAGAAGAAAUGUCCCGUCAUGCUCCUCUUUAUGGUGCUGGCUUGGAAGCCUUGUCAAUGAAAGAGCUCGAGACCCUCUCUCGCAUUCACGAGGAAGGACUAAGACAGAUCCAUGCGAUUCAGCAGAGGAAAGGUGGUGGGACUUCUAUUGUGAGUGGACAAACCCUUCCGCAAGUCCAUGGCUUAUAUCCCACAGCUCCUCCGCUUGCUGUUGCUCUGCCACCUUCUAUCAUCCCUAAUGGUGUAGGAAUUCAUGGCAAUGGGCAUAUGAAUGGUGCAGUGGGUCCUUGGUUCAACCCCACUUGA